CAUGGGUAACGUUGUGGGGAUUAUUACUAACGGAUAUUAAUUGGGAGCGACCGGAAAAAUGGCAGAGAGGUUGGAGUGGGUUGAGAUCAUCGAGCCGCGCACGCGGGAGCGCAUGUACGCCAACCUCCUCACCGGAGAGUGUGUGUGGGACCCCCCUCAGGGGGUGCGUAUCAAGAGGACAGGGGACAACCAGUGGUGGGAGCUGUUCGACCCCAACACCUCCCGCUUCUACUACUACAACGCUUCCACGCAACGCACCGUCUGGCACCGCCCGCAGGCCUGUGACAUCAUCCCCCUCGCCAAGCUACAGACGUUGAAGCAGCACACGGACGUGCCCUGCCCGGGAGGGACGGGGGGGGACAAAGGAGGGAGGACGUCAGCGGAUAACAGCCCAGGGAGGAGCAGUGCCGUCAGUAGAGAGGGGAGCACCUCGUCUUCACUGGACCAGGAACUGACCACAUCGGAGAAACAGGGGAAUAGAGAGGAGGCAGAGAGGACCUCUCCGUUCAGGUGGAACACAGGUACUAAGGAGAGGAUGCUGAUCAAGGUGACAGACAGAGAACCCAGCUUCCUCUCUCACCAGGGGAAUGGUUACUCCCCCUGCGACCCCCCCACCCUCACCCCAGUCCCUGCACCCGGCACCGGCACAGCCUCCCGUACCCGCCGAUCCUCUGGAGGUUCCGCCCCUGACGGCUCUCCCAUCCUCUAUGUUGACCGCCACCAGUCGCCCUUCCUAAAACGGACGGAGCUCGGGGGCGGAGGAACAGGGACCCACCGGCGCUCGUCAGCUGACUCACAGCCCUCUUCCCCCCGCUAUGCCUAUGAAUCCCCCCUCUACGAGGAGCCCCCCUCGGAGUACCAGCCCCCGCCCAUCUACGAGGAACCUCCCACAGAUGGGAUGCGCCACCUGGGCUCUGACUCCUCCUCCUUGCUGUACGGCACAGGGAAGUCCCCCACCCGGGGAAAUCCCUCCUCGGGGACGCCCCUCUACCACUCGCCCAAACAGAGCCACUCCCCCUAUGGUCAGCUGGUGUUGACCAGACAGAAGUGUCCAGAGAAGACACAGAGUCUGGAGUACAGCCCUGCAGGGAAGGAGUACGUCAAACAGCUGGUCUAUGUGGAACAGUCCUCCUCCAGUCCGCGUUUUAAGACGUCCGACCGGCUCCUUCGCUACGGGACCUCCACGGCCACACCCUCCUCCACGGGGGGCUAUGGGGGCUCCUACGGGGGAUCCUACACCCUCCAACACAGCCAGAGUCUGAUCCGGGACCCCCGGCUGCUGCUGGAUUACGGGGGCGGGGAGGGGGGCGAAGGAGGGGGCCAGAGGCUGCUCUACGAGGACUCUAUGUCCUGGAGCUCCAGUCAGCACCACUCCCUCUCCCUCUCUGGGUCUACAGGAGGAGGGGGCUUCUCGCCCGGUGGCAACCGCAAACGCAAGACCCGGAAGCCCUCCCUGCCUCAGGAGCUGGGGAGUUGUGGAGGAGGGGGUGGUGGGGUGGACCGGGAGGAAGGGCCAAUGUCGGGGACCCUGUCGGAGGCGGUGAUGAACCAGGCCAGGCUGGCGUGGGAGGCCCAGCAGGUGAUGAAGCAGAGGAGCAGUUGGGACUCUGCCCCGGGGGGAGGGGGAUCGGCUGGGGGCUGUGCCCAGGGAGGUGUGUCUAAAGACGGGUACGAGAGCGACGGUGCGGUGCCCCUCCCCCUGCCAGGCCCGGUGGUGAGGGCGUUUAGUGAGGACGAGGCGUUGGCACAGAGCGACGGGCACCACGGGCAUUACCACUGGAAACGCAGCACCUUCGACAGACUGGGCUUCCCUCGGGCACUGCUGGAGAAGAGCCUGUCUGUACAGACCAACCUGGCCUCGCCUGAGCCCUUCUUACACCCCUCACAGUCGGAGGAUCUUGGAGCCUGUGCUCAGUUCGAGGCAAGUCGUAAUGCUCGGAACAUGAUGCCCAGCGCAAGCUGUGGAGUUUUCCCAGAAUUCACCCUGCGGAAGCCGUCCUCAGAGACCGACAUCGAGAACUGGGCCUCCAAACACUUCAACAAACACACACAGGGUCUGUUCCGGCGUAAGGUGUCCAUAGCCAACAUGCUGGCAUGGAGCAGUGAGCCAAUCAGGAAGCCCAUGAUCGUAACGUCAGACCGUGCGGUGAAGAGGGAGGCGGUGGAGAUCUUUAAACUAAUCCAGACCUACAUGGGAGACCGCCGAGCCAAGACUGACCCACUCACUGUCGCCCUGGAGGUGGCAGUGCGUGGUUGGAGCAGUCAGGGUCUUCGUGAUGAGCUCUACAUCCAGCUCUGUCGUCAGACCACAGAGAACUUCCGCUACGAUAGUCUGGAGAGGGGCUGGGAGCUCAUGGCUGUGUGUCUGGCCUUCUUCCCCCCAACUCCACGCUUCCACUCCUACUUGGAGGGAUACAUCUACAGACACAUGGACCCCCUCAACGAUACUAAAGGAGUGGCGAUAAGCGGCUAUGCCAAAUACUGUUACCGUAAACUGCAGAAGGCAGCUCUGACCGGAGCUAAGAAGGGGUUGCAGAAGCCGUGUCUGGAGGAGAUCAAACACGCCAGGAACGCCAUAUUCAGCCCCUCCAUGUUUGGCUCCUCCCUGGAGGAUGUGAUGUCACUGCAGAAGGAGCGUUACCCCGACAGCCAGCUGCCCUGGGUCCAGACACGCCUCUCAGAGGAGGUUCUGGGGCUCAACGGAGACCAGACAGAGGGCAUCUUCAGGGUUCCAGGUGACAUAGAUGAGGUCAACGCCCUCAAGCUGCAGGUGGACCAAUGGAAGAUCCCCACAGAUCUGGAGGAUCCUCACAUCCCAGCAUCUCUGUUGAAGUUUUGGUACAGGGAGUUGGAGGAGCCGUUGAUUCCGCAUGAGUUCUAUGAGGAGUGUAUCACUCACUAUGAUGACCCUGAGGCUGCAGUCAACGUUGUCAUGGGCCUGCCUCACAUCAACAGACUGGUGCUCUGCUACCUCAUACGCUUUCUACAGGUGUUUGGCCAGCCUACCAACGUGGUGAUAACUAAGAUGGAUGUGAACAACCUGGCCAUGGUGAUGGCUCCCAACUGCCUGCGCUGCCAGUCAGACGACCCACGCAUCAUCUUUGAGAACACGCGUAAAGAGAUGUCCUUCAUCCGCGUGCUCAUCCAGCACCUCGACACCAGCUUUAUGGAUGGCCUGCUAUAGCCCCCCAACUUCAACUGUACCCCGAAACUACCAUACGACAUACGGCGCCUCCCUCCCUGCUAUAGCCCCCCACUUUUCAACUAUUCUACCAUGAAAAAAACCACACGGGUUGCCCCCCAAUUUCAAAUGUGCCCAUAAAUCCACCAAGGCUCCACCUGCCCCACAGACCCUGUUCUAACCCCCCAACAUCAAUUGGGAUGACCAGGAUACCUCCCAACUCCAACUGCCCUCCAUAUACCCUGCUAUAGCCCCCAAACUACAACUACUGACCCCAAAACCAUCCACACAGGACAGGAUGACCCCCUACCUCCCCGACAGAGCCCCAACCCAGCCUGACCCGGACCCCUGACCUCUAACCUCUACUCCCACCCUACACACAGGGACUUGCGUCUCACACACACUGAUGUACAGGGUUACACACACUCACAUAGACAUACUCUCACAUGUACAUUUACUGACGCGUACACACACACACUCACUUGUAUAGUACACAUCCAUACACACAAUUUCUGAAAUCAGGGUGUCGGACCACAAAUCAGCUCCGGACCCAGAGCUACAGUCAAACUGCCAUCAAAGAAGGUGGAUAAAUGAAGAUGUCCCACUCAGGCUGUUUACCAUUGAUAAAAAUGGUCACAGUUCCGGUCUGCUUAAGGGAUGACAUAGGUACCAAUGCAUUAGCAGCUGAGUCUGGUCUGUUUAGUUCAUUGACUGUAUACGAACCAGAAAAAAGCAGGGCGUGAGAUGUCUCGCUUCCUCUCCUGUCUCUGCUGCCAUGAAGCCUGUCAGUCCAUCUGCACUGUUGUCACCAACCAACUGAUGUCAAUAAAGUUUUUUAUUUAGAUUUUUGGGGACGGUGGGGGCGAAUCCAGGUCAGGUACUAGAGGGGAUCAUCGCAGCACUGCCAAUCAACCGUGACUGUUGCAACCAGAAGUGAUAGACACCCCUACAGCCCUUACCACCCAUCCGCCUGGUACAUAGGCCCUUCUGCCCCACUCACCCCUCUGACCACCCAGACAACCACACAACCUCUACCCCUAGAGCCCCUCACUAUCUACCCCCAACACAUCCUCAAGAUGGCGCACACCUCUACACUCUCAUACUGAUAUGAUUUCUGAAUGUCUAAAUUAAGAUCCGUCCACCUCUGUCUGUCUGUCUGUCUGUCAGAAAAACUACCUGUCUUUUGGACCUGUAAAAAAGUAUUUUCUUUAAUAGCUGAUUUGACUGGGUAUGGAUUAAAAAUAUAUAUAUUAUUAUUUUAUUAAUUGAUUUGUUGUAUUUUAACAGAGUUAUGUUUUUUGCCCACUAUUUUAUAUAAUUUAAUUUAUUUGUAUUUAUUUCAGCAAUAUUUCCUUAAUGCCUUCUUCUUAGACAAUAUACUUUAGGAUUCACGUUGUCUGUAUGUGUGUCCCAAAUUGCACCCUAUUCCCCUUAUAGUGCACUAGUUUGGGGCAAAAGUAGUGCACUAUAUAGAGAAUAGGGUGCCCUUUGGGAUGCACAUCAUCUUUAUGUUUGAGAGAAUGAGUGUGGACAUGUAGGCAUGUAUGUGCUUGUGUGUGUUUUCAAUACAGUAGGACAUAUACAUCACAUGUUCAUAUGCACAUACAUGUUAAUACGUGCUCUCUGAAGGGUACAGUUGGUGUGUCUCUCUGUGUGUCUGAGAGUUAAGUCCUGCUGUUUUUUUUUUGUUCUGUUCAAUCUGUAUUUACACACAUCAGAGAGCUCAUUGAACAAGAGAGACUGACAGAGCAAUAACCUACACCCUCUGGAUCUGUAACCAGGUUUCUAUCCAAAAAAAAGUAUAUGUCAGAUAAAACAUUUCACGACAGUCCUGAUGGAAACAGGAAAUUGGAAACCGCAAAUAACCAUCAUAUCGAAGUAAACGUCGAGUCACGUGAUGAUAUGUUGUGUCGUCUUCCCCCUAUAAUAAUGCAGUGAUUGAUGCUCCUUUCCAAUAAAUAUUGAGGGUCUUAAUCCAGAGAAAUGAUGAUCGAUACUUGGCUGCCUUUUGACAUAUUAAAAUAAUCUCGCUCUUUUGUCCAUAAUAAUCUCAUCAUAUAGGCUAUCCUACGCGCACUGUAUCUGCAAGCUGUUGGCUAGAGAGCACGUGCCAAGACCAGAGUGGGCACAGUCGCAAUAUAACGCAGUUUUUUUGGUGUUUUUUUUUACAUAACCCCAUUUAACUUGUAUUAUUUAUUCGGUACAUGGUCAUUUAACCGCAAAAGUUAUUUUUAUGUGCACUACGUCUUAAGGCACAGAUUUUUUUCCACAACAGGUCAGUUUGAUGGAAACAUCUCGGGUAGGAAAAUGCAUAUUUGUGAAUAUUCACAUGAAAAUCUGUCUCCAAUUGGAAGUGCUCUUCAUUUACCUCUCAACAAUGGCUGAAUUACAAUCUGUAAGUAGUAGAACUGUUCACUCAGUACUUUGGCCAAUACUACAUUUUUUACUGACAUGUUUAAAACUAUUUUCUACAAUGGAAAGGAGGGCAUACACUCACAUGUUAACAACAUAGACUACCAAGGGGCACUGCAAAAAUACUACUCUCAGAGACAGAAAGAAGGAACAAAAAUGUGUGUGUGUGUAUGUGUUUGUGUAAGGGAUGGCAGUAGAAAAUCGACCAAUCAGCAUGCAGAACUUCGGGUCACCACUUUUAAAAACAAAGUAAAUAAAAGAAAAAUAUAUGAAAAAAUAAACAUGAAAUACUUACAGAAAGGAUUUACAAACAUGAAGUGUUAAAAAUAAAUGUUUCCACUUUAAGAGAUGAUUUUAAAUCUCUUUUUAAUCUCUUUGUUUUCAAUGAUUACUGGUUGGUUCUCAUUUUUGAUUUGUUGCUACAUAUGUUCUUCUUACAGUUAGUGUCCAUACUGUUAUUAUCAUUAUUAAUGUAAUUAAAAUGACUGAUAUUGAUCACAAGUAAGGUGGGAAUCAGCUGCUAUGUACUCUCUGCUAUGUACGCUCCUCACCUCCUCCUUUUCUUCCUCUAACUUCUCCUACUCCCUGCUCCUCAACAUUUUCUUUUCUCUUUUAAUGUCCACUGUCUGUCACUCAAACAAAAAUCGACAUUGUUUAAUAAACAAUUAAAAUGUGAAAUA